GGAAGUAUGUCAACAUCACCGGCAACUGUGCGUGCUCUCUUCCAGGCUCUAAAGCCAGGCUGCGAGCGUGGAUUUACAUCUGUGCUCUUAAAUUAAAACAAACAUGAGCGUCCCGGCGUUUAUCGACGUAACAGAGGAGGACCAGGCCUUGGAGCUCAGAUCCUAUUUGAAAUCUAAAGGAGCUGAGAUCUCAGAAGAGAAUUCAGAAGGAGGUCUGCACAUUGAUCUGGCACAGAUCAUUGAAGAAUGUGACGUCUGUCUCAAAGACGAUGACAAAGAUGUUGAGAGUGUGAUGAACAGCAUUGUGUCCCUGUUGCUGAUUCUGGAGACGGAGAAGCAGGAGGCUCUCAUUGAGAGUUUAUGUGAGAAGCUGGUGAAGUUUCGUGAGGGUGAGCGCCCCUCACUCAGGAUGCAGCUCUUGAGCAACCUGUUCCACGGUAUGGAUGAGAACGCACCAGUGAGGUACACAGUCUACUGCAGUCUGAUUAAGGUGGCAGUCACCUGUAAUGCCAUUGCAUUCAUGCCUACGGACCUCGAUCAGGUACGCAAGUGGAUCACAGACUGGAAUCUGAACACAGAGAAGAAACACACUCUACUCAGGCUGGUGUAUGAGGCGCUAGUCGACUGCAAGAAGAGUGAGGCUGCAGCCAAGGUAAUGGUGGAGUUACUGGGCAGUUAUACAGAAGACAAUGCAUCACAAGCCAGAGUGGAUGCACACAGGUGCAUCGUCCGGGAACUGAAAGACCCAAACACCUUUCUGUUUGACCAUCUCCUGGCUUUAAAACCAGUCCGUUUCCUGGAGGGAGAGCUCAUCCAUGUCCUCCUGACCAUCUUUGUUAGUGCAAAGCUUGCUGCAUAUGUCAAAUUCUAUCAGAGUAACAAAGAUUUCAUUGAGUCUCUCGGUUUAGAUCAUGAGCAGAACAUGGCCAAAAUGAGGCUGUUGACGUUCAUGGGCAUGGCGGUGGAGAUGAAGGAAAUCUCUUUUGACACCAUGCAGCAGGAGCUACAGAUCGAUGCUGAUGAUGUGGAGCCCUUCGUCAUUGAUGCUGUUCGGACCAAAAUGGUGUAUUGCAAGAUUGACCAGACACAGCGGAAGGUUGUAGUGAGUCACAGCACACAUCGCACCUUUGGUAAACAGCAGUGGCAACAGCUGUAUGACACACUGAGCUCCUGGAAACAGAAUCUGGUCACCGUAAAGAGCAGCCUGCAGACACUCUCUCCCACUGCCUGACACCGCAGCGUCUGAUCCAGUUUUAUAUAAAUACAAUAAAAGACUAAUAAAGACCAUCUUUUAUUUUGCAGUUGUUUUUUAUACUGUUCAUGCUUCACUGUUGGCAGCAUUAUGUAAAGGAUAAAGUGAUCAGGGUAUCGACUCACUCUGAAGGGUUUAUUUUCAUAAAUGUCCAGCUGACUACUUUUUUCUGCUUAUUACAUAGCUAGUUAGCUAAAAUAAAUGGACAUGAAAUAUUGAUUUGAGUAUAAGAAUUAGACAUGAAACUAGCAAGGUUAUGUGGAGAAAUUGGUUGUUUGGGAAAAGGGUUCACCCCAAAAAAUGUACUAACCCUAAUGUUGUUCCAAACCUGUACGGCUUUCGUCCAUGGAAUAUAAUACGAGA